GCCAUUUUGGAUUAAAGACUGAAUAGAAAGAUAAAUUAAAGCACUUUUUCGGUACCAUAAAAGUGAUAGUCUGGUACCAUUUGAGCAUUAGAGCAUGCGUCUAUCAUUCACAUACGAAUAUUCAUAGCUAUGGCUGAUAGGCGAAAGCUACAAGGAGAAAUUGACAGAUGUCUGAAGAAAGUAGGGGAAGGUGUUGAAACUUUUGAAGACAUCUGGAACAAGAUAUCCUUGCAGGUUCAUAAUGCUGCGAACACAAAUCAAAAGGAAAAAUAUGAAGCUGAUCUUAAGAGAGAGAUUAAAAAGCUUCAGCGGUUGCGGGACCAGAUUAAAACAUGGUGUGCCAGUAGUGACAUCAAAGAUAAACGAAUACUGGUGGAAAACAGGAAGUUGAUUGAAACUCAAAUGGAGAGGUUCAAAAUUGUUGAAAGAGAAACAAAAACAAAAGCUUAUUCAAAGGAAGGCUUAGGGGCUGCUGCAAAAAUGGAUCCUAUCGCAAAAGAAAAGGGUGAAGUUGUAAACUGGCUUUCGACAACAAUUGAGACCUUACAAAAACAACUUGAGCAGUUUGAAAGUCGAAUAGAGCAGCUGUCAUCAAAAAAGAAAAAAAUGGAUAAAGAUACACAAGAUCAAUAUGAAGAACUGCGAGCUGCACAAGAUCGACACAAGUUCCACAUAAAGAAACUAGAAACAAUCAUGAGGAUGGUAGAUAAUGACGCACUACCUUUAGACCAAAUCAAGAAGAUCAAAGAUGACGUGGAGUACUAUCUGGAGUACAACCAGGAACCAGAUUUUGAGGAGAAUGAAUUUCUUUAUGAUGAUUUGGAUCUUGAUGAUCUAGGUUCACAAGUGCUGGCUUCUUCACCACCCAAUGAUGAUAGCAUAUUGGAUAAAUUAUCAAGUACGCCAACAUCAACUAACUCCAGUUCUCCUUCACCUAGUCCUAGUCUUUCGAUGAAUCAUUCCAAGGACAAGUAUGAAGAGAUGGAGAGGAAAAGGCACAAAUCCCAAAAUGAAGAUAAACAAAAAGCAACAAUAAUAGUAACAUCGUCCAUGUCAUCACCCUCAUCAACAAACUCAUCCUCAUCAUCAAGUGUAACUGUCAACAAAGUACCUACAACUCCUACAAAGAUGUUUCCAGGGAAUUCAAUUGCAAAUGCAGAGAGCAAUCAUCGUCCAAGUUCAACACCACCAUUGACAGCAUACAAUGUUGCAGCAGCAGGGUCCCAGCAAAACAAUAGUGCAGAAACAAAGAAUCAAGCCCCUCUUGACCAUAUUAAUUCUACAAUAAGUAGCGUGCCAGUGACAUCAAACUCAACUAUAACGAACUCUGUCUCUUCAACUGGAAAUCCUGUCUUACCAGCAGUACCGAUCCCUAUGAUAUCAAACAGUGUAAUGUCAUCUUCGCCUAACACGAUUGUGUCAAACAGUGCAACAAGUAGUUCCUUAAUGACUUCUUUUCAACCAAACUCAGUGUCUGUCAAACCUGAGAUGCAAGUUGUAAUGAAUGGUCCACUAAGUGCUGUUGGACCAUUACUAAAAGGUGUUACAGACAAUGAUAUUGAGUCUAUGUCUUCAUUAAAAUCGAUAGCGCAACAGGCUGUGUUAGAAGCGGGUCUAGAAAACAAGAUUCCAACAACGCACACAACAACAACAUUAGAUGCAAGAGUACAUGCACCAUUCAACAAUUCAACAUCUACAUCAUCUCAGGUGGUAGCACCUCAGCCCACCUCCCCAUCACCAUCAUCCUCUUCAGACCAGUCACAGCAAGCACAGACCACGACAAUACACCUCAAUCCUCUGUUGGGCGUGGCACCCCUUGGCCCAGUGCCACUCACUAGGGAACACUUCUACCAAUUAACGAUGUUAGAAGCAGCACAUCACCACUUUCCACACCCGUCAGACUCCGAAAGAAUCAGGCAUUACUUACCACGUAACCCAUGCCCGACUCCUUCAUAUUACCCACAACUCUCUCCACCACAUACAGACUCUGUGGACUAUUUUCAACGAUUAUCAACAGAAUCAUUAUUCUUUAUUUUCUACUAUAUGGAGGGUACAAAGGCUCAAUAUCUGGCAGCAAAAGCUCUUAAAAAGCAGUCAUGGCGGUUUCAUACAAAAUAUAUGAUGUGGUUUCAGCGACACGAAGAACCAAAGACAAUUACAGAAGACUUUGAACAGGGCACAUAUAUCUACUUUGAUUACGAGAAAUGGGCCCAGAGAAAAAAAGAAGGAUUUACCUUUGAAUACCGGUAUUUGGAGGAUCGAGAUUUGAACUAAAUUAAGUGUGACAAAGGAAUUCUCAACGAGUUCUAUUUCAUGAAUGAUUCAGUUUCCAUGGAUCUGCUACAACUGCCAAUCAUGAGUGACCUGAUCAGGACGAGUGUGAGGAUGAUGUGUGAAUGGUACAUAGUGAAGAGUUCAUUUGUUGAUUUCAACUUUCAUGUAUAUUCAACUGUAGUGAUCUACCAAUAUGAAAGUGUUGUUUGCCCAUUACCUCCUAAAGUGACAGAUGACAUGCAGUAGCAUGUUGCAGGACAUGUUGACGACAGCCUUAUAGGCUGUCUGUCUAGGCAGCAUAUUGUGAUACACUGUAUAUUGUACUUUAUGGGGCAGGAACCUCUUAGACUACCUGAUCUCACUUACUUCUAGGGAGGGUAAAAAUGCAAUCUUAUCAAACUUGAUUAUUGUGGUCAUUCUUGAUAGUUGAUGGAAUGUUGAAAUCUUCACAUCACAUCUGUUUAGAGUGCUUGUAUUAUUAUUUUUUUCCUGGUUUGAGACUGUGUAGCUGAUUGAGCUUAAAUGACUUUGUGCUCCAUUUGGCUGUCAAAUGAUUUUAUUGUUUCAAGGGUUGGAUGAGAUAUGUGGCAGCUUUGAACAGAAUCUCAUAUUGCAUUACAAUGUGAAAAACAAAAUUAUUCUACAGUUUUCUCCAAUAUUGCUUUGGUAUUAUUUUUCCCCUCUCUUUUGUAAACUAACUGAAAUUUCCCUAUAUUACUCUUGCAAACUUAUAUUUCAGUAUUUUUAUUUCAUUACCCUCAUUUGUAUGGUACAGCAGACAAAAUGGUAAUUUGACAUCACAAUCUUGAUGUUUUAUUUACUAAAUUGUCCAAACCAAAGUGCACUUGCCUGUCAUAUUUGUACAGUUGAUAUGGUUUGUUCCCAGUGUGACAUCCAUUAUGGCCUGGCUUGUCAGGUUGGGAGCAUGGCCACCUUAGUAGUUGUAACGAUACUCAUCCUUUACUGAUAUUUAUAGACAUUGGAAGCCACUGUAGAUAUGUGCCAAACCUUGAUUACUGUACCAAGAAUCCUGUCUGUAAGUAGAAAUCUAGUCAUGACAGAUAAUCUGCUACACAUAUCAAAACAGAAUUCCUGGGCCUACUACAAUGAUGUAGUAUAAAUCCCACCUAAUAUCACAGUAUUCACAUGUACUAUGUACAUAGCAUUACAUGUAUUGGAUACUAAAUCAUUAUGUUCGUGCACAGAUUUUGUUUCAUUCAGUUUACCAUUUUGUAAUUUAAAAUCUUUAUUGCUGCUGUUGAACUGUGAUCCUAUAAGAUUAAGGAGGUGAUUGAUAUUGAUAUGAUAGCUUAUAAUGUUAGCAAGUGCAUUCUUUGUUUCCUUGUGUCUAUUUCAAACUAAAUUUCAAGAUAAAUUUGAUUUGGCAAGACAGAAGAUGUGGCAAAAUCUAAUGUCUGAUUACAUAAUUUGUGUUGUAUUUGGACGAUCAUAUAUUACAACUCUUCAACUUACUAACAAAACAGAAUUAAAAAUAGAAAUUUGAUAAAAGUAAAGCCAUUAACUUAAAUUAAAAUAAGUUUUAGGUAGUGUAAUAACAUAGCACAGAAGAACAUGCACCUUGCCAUCAUUACUUUGCAUAAAGCUGGCAUUGUAGUUGUUGAUUAUGUAAUCUUUUUACUCGGCUACAUUGAAGUCCUCUGUUACCAAGUGAUGUUAUACAUUCAGGGCUGUAUGAAUGUGAUUAAGUGAGUCACUUACAAGCCUGUGUAUAGUGAAUUGGACUAACCUGGGCAUUGAUAUCUACUGUUGUCCUUGGUUAGUGAAAUUUACAGUCAAGGGCUUGAUAUGUGGUGGUACUAAGGUGGUAUGCAUUGAUCGGCUGUGAUGUACUGAAAUUUUGGUUGAUAGCACAGAGAUUAUUUUCAAUUGUUAACAAAUUUUGUUUGUCUCGAAAGUGCUGCAUCAUUAAACCUGUUGUGUUGAAUAUUUUAGAACUCUCACAGUCAUUUACUUCAUUGAUGUAUAGAACAAUUAUAUUGUGGACCAAUGGUCUUUCCCUGUAGAAACAGGCCUGUGUGUGUGAAUUUUUAUGUUGUUUGCGCAAGAGGGUGUGUCUGUGAGUGAAGACUUGUAGGUGCAAUCCAUAGUAAAAGCAAUUUUUAAAGUGUGAGAGUGUAUAAAUGUAGAAUUUUUAUCAGUUUUACUCAGUCUUCUUCCUGUAGUCCUGUAUUGUAAGAGACUAUAAUAUCACUAUGUGAAAUUUGUUAAAUAUUGUUAGUAAUCUCUUGACAUCUAUUGUAAUUUUUAUUUGGACAUUUCUCUUAUGAGGUAUUGAAAUUAAGAAGAUUAAUAGAAUACGGGCCAUUUAGAAGAAAAAAAAAUAUGCAUGCAUAUCCUCCCUGGUUUAUUCUUGUUAAUUAUUCAAGCAAGUAUAAAUGUUGAAGUGAAUGAGACAAAUUGUGUUCAGAAUUUUUUAAUUCAAUCAAUCUUUAGUGUGUACUCUACAUAUGAGGUGUAAUGUUUAAAAGUAUCAGUCAAAAACAAUUAUUUUCUUUAACUUGCAUUUAUUACUGAUUUUUCCUAUUUGAACUUUAAAGAGAAAACAACUCAGUUAAAUCUGAAUAUCUUCAAAAAACUUUGAUACAUUUUAGGUAUACAAAGCAUUUAUCAACUUCUAGCAAUCAUUGUGCCGUGUCUCUUGAUGUGUGCCAUAGAUAGAUUGUGACUGAAUACUUCUAGAGCGAGAAAUGAGUGUUGUCACAUGUUGGUUGUACAGCCACAGAUGUCUUGGUACAGAUUUUUCAAGCCUGGAGCACAAUUUCAUGUGUGAUUGGUGUCCUCAACAUUGUUCUGUGUGACCAGAGGGAGAGAGAAUGUGUGAAGAUGGGCAGUUUUACAUCAUGUUUGGAAGGUAGUCUGACCAAUCAGGGAAGCUGAUUCUCUCAUCAUGUGAUAGAAAUAGUCAUGGUGGACGGUGUGAACUGACUGAGCUGGCUUUCGAUCAAGACAUUGGUUUUAUUUGAGUGCACAACACUCUGUAUACAUGUCUUAUUUUUGUACAGAUGUAAAGUGCUCUGCUCAUGCUUGUCAUUGACAACAGUCACUAGACAUGGAUUUGGCAUAUGUCCGGCCUGGUCUGUGGCUAGUGACUGGUGUAGAUAGAUAUGACAGUGUGGACAAGGGCAAGUAAAACUAUGGUGGAAAAAAAGAUAAAAAAUUAAAAAAAUGACAAAACGACUUUGUCAGUGACUGAU